AUGUUUUCCAGAUUCGGCGUCAAAAACAUCUGCCAGUUAGUUCAAUGGAUUUCUAACAAACCGAUUGGAUACCGAUACCAGCAUUUCUGGAAAUCUAAAUUCACACCUCCAUUCCAUCCCCGAUUAUUUCCCCUCUCACGCAGGAUGCUCACUACCAUGAUCUCAGAUCCUCGAAUAAAUACUGAUCAUUGUCCAGGCUGUGGAGCGAAAUUUCAAACGCGAGAUGAUUCAAAGCCCGGGUUUUUAGUAAUACCGAAGCUUGAGAAAAAAAAUUCAAUAACCAAGCCAGGGGAGUUAGGCACGGAUGACAUACAAAAAUUGGUUAGAUCUAUGCCUGAUGAUAUUCUCAAACAACUAUAUCCGAUGGGUGUUACACCUGAAUUAAUACCCCCGGACAAAGUUAACGAAAAAUCAUAUUCUCGUGAAAGCGCACCGAUGAGUGGUAAUCAAAGUAAAAAAAAAACGGACCACAUAACAGGAGAGGAGGAAAGAAUCUUUUGUCAACGGUGUUACAAUUUACUUUACCACAAUAAAGUUGUGACAGAAGAAUGGCAAGAAUCUUUAACAUCCGAUAGGUUGUUCUUGUCAUUUUUGAAGAAAAAGGAUGCUGUAGUGGUUACGGUCGUGGACAUCUUUGAUUUUCCGGGUACACUAUUAAAGGGUCUCGAUGAUCUAAUUGGUGUAGAGAAUCCAACCAUUUUGGUUGCCAAUAAGAUGGACCUUCUUCCCAAAGAUGUCAAUGAAACAAGGAUUAAGAAUUGGUUGAAGGUGAAUAGUGAGAAACACGGUUUUCGCAACAUCCACGACAUCUUUCUCAUUAGCGCUAAAAAAAAUUGGCGAGUACAAGAAUUGGCACAAGCAAUAUCCACAAUACGCAGCGGAUUUGAUGAUGUCUAUCUGAUCGGCUGCGCGAAUGUUGGUAAAUCCGAACUGAUUAACAGCUUUCUGAGGAGUACAGUAGUUGGAGGGUGGAAAUACGAAGUAACAUCAUCACCAAUUCCAGGUACUACCGUGGGGAUGUUGGGAUUACCGUUGAAGAUAUUUGGUUCAACGUUCGGGCAUAAUCCAAAGGGGUUUCAUUUUCCGCAAGGCAGUAGAUACAUAUAUGACACACCGGGAAUUGUCAAUGGAAAACAAUUGAUUCACUUGCUGACCGAAGAAGAAUUGAAAAUGGUAGUUCCUCAGAAGAACAUUAAACCACGGACGUAUAAUAUGUUCCCAGGAAAGUCACUGUUCCUCGGAGGUCUAGGAAGAAUCGACUAUGUGGAUGGUGACAAACCGGUUCGCAUGACUGUAUUUAGUCGGUUAAAACCACACAUCACUUCAAUACGAAGGGCCGACGAGAUAUGUCAGUCGAUGGCCGUGGGAGAUAAAACAUUUCUAGAGCCACCAACAUUUUCAAUAAAGAGAACACUACCAUUUCCGCCAAUGAUCAAGAGCAAGAGAGGAUAUGUGUUAAAGGGUGUACCGGGAACAAUGAGCAGCAAGGACGUGGUGUUCUCUGGAAUUGGUUGGGCUUCAUUUGGUGGAACUUUUAACCAGGCCUCAAUUGACAUUUGGUCGCCCAAUGGAAUUGGAAUAUACAUCAGAGACAAAUCAUUGCUGCCGUUUGAGUUUAGGGGAAUAUUCAAGAAGUUACCUUGA